UUCCUAUCACCGUGUUCACGUGCGAGUGUUAGCGAGUCUCUAACAACGUAAGUGCUACAAUUUCAUCUUUAGUCCAAUUUUGGUUUCACAUUGAAGCAAACCAAAAAAUAAAUCACAUUUAACAAAGAAACCUGUCUGAUAUUUGCGGAACGUCGGACCAAAUUUCCUUCGUUCUUGAAAUCAUGGCUGUUGCCAACCUCUAGUCUGGGUGGAUGAAAUUUUAUUUGACACUUCCCAUCAAUUGGGAGUAGAGACAAAAACUUGGAAAUAGUUGUUUCCAUAGCAACGUGUGAACAUGACAGAAACGGUCAUCCAAGGCACCGAGAUGAUUGGUCCGGUUAUAGAGCAAGAAGCCGAAGAGAACCUGGUUAUAGGCGAACCUGCACACGUGCAACCAGAACCAGCAGAGUCCCAAAGUGUUGACAUUUACAUAAACAAUGUAGUCUGCUGUUUUAGUACUCGAUGUCACCUGGAUUUAAGAAGAAUUGGCAUGGAAGGUAUCAAUGUUGAGUACAGGCGAGAUGCUGGGGUCACAAUGAGGAUCAGAAAGCCAUAUUCUACGUCUACAAUCUGGUCAUCAGGGAAAAUUACAUGUGCAGGGGCAACCAGAUCUUCCUCCAAUCUUAUCCCCAGUGGACAUACCAGACGAUACCAUUGGUCAGAAAUCGGCAAAUUCACCUCAUCAUUCAGCAGUGUUCAAUUUCUCACUGACGAAUUGGAAAACAGAACUCAGAAAUCAGUUCAGGUGUGGAACGAAUUAUUUUAUGACGAGGACAAAAUAGCAUAUGUUUGUUACAUACCAUCUAAGGUCUCUGGGCAUCAAGAUACAGCAACACCACCAAGACCUCAAAGUCAAUUUUAUGAUAUUGAUGAACUGGAAGAUUUAGUAGUCUUGGAAGAAGAGAAGAAUAAACUUAAAACACAAAGGGAAGGAAUUGCGUCAACUAUAAAAAAAAAAUUGUCUUUGCCAAGACCAUUGAAUGACCCUGAACCAUCACAGAUUCAAUUGAGUUUACUGAGAGAAGAAUUAGAUGAUGUUGAAACUGAGAUGAAAGCAUGUAAAGAAGUGAUUACAUUGUUACAUAAUCAGUUAGCAGCAACGCAGCUAGAAAAAGCAUCAUGUGAUGAUUAUCUCAAGUGCAAGUCGGAUAAAGAGAGAGUUUCAUUGCUACAAAGGAAAGACAAGCAGCUAAUUCAACUACAGCAGAUAUUGGAUGAAUUCCGCAGUGAACGAGAUAAUUUACAAGAACAGAUCAGAUACUGUAAAACAGAAAUUGUAUCAUUGAAAGAGCAAUGUACAAUGUAUACUGAUAUGCUGCAAGCAAAAGAUGAAAUAAUUGUCUCAUUAACCAAUCAGAUUUUUGACCUUGAUAAAAAUGCAGGUGAAGAAGGUAGAUCUAGUGGCCACAUACCAAUGAAUAGCAGUACAAACACGGUUGUAAAAACUGUGGAAAAUGCACAAGAACUUGAAAAAUUGAAG